ACCUUUUUAAAAAUCUGUUAUUCAGUAGAUAUUUUGUAUCUUGCUGGAGAGAGUGUUACUUUGGAUUUUUUCUGUAAUGACCUGUUGUUACUCUGCAAUGCCUUUUGAAUGGCUGUUGUCUAACACAUGUUUAAUUGGCCUUAAUUAGUCUGCCGAAACUGCAGAAAAAAAAAUCUCUGCAUCUGCUCUGUAUCCUCUACUCUCACUUUACCAUUUUUUGUUUGGAGGGAGUUGUGGUUAAAGCAUGUGUUUGUUGAAACAGUGCAACCAUUUAAAAAACAUGCUCAGAGCUGCAUGAUCAUGUAACGAUCACAUGAAUGCUGGUCAAAAUAUUCUUUCAUCACAAAUACGUGAAACAGUUGCAAAGUAAAAAUUCCAAGUAAUUUUUGCAUGAAAACCUUAAAAAGCCAUAAUUAAUUAGAAACGCGAGCAUUCCUUAUCCCAUCAGUCCAGUCACUGCGAAGCUGAAGCACUUAAAUUUUUUUAAUCAGGUAUCUCUGUUGCUCUAGGUAUGUAGUUAUUAUGGUGGCUUUUAGCCAAAGAAAACCCUGCUGGCAUUUGAGGAGGAUUAGAAAACACGUGAAGCUUCCAUGGAACAGCACUUGAUCAGUGUGUUAGCUCACAGCCAGUAGGAUUCAUGGAGUGCCUGCUGGCUCUGAGGUGUGUCCUGGGGCUGCUGAGACACAGCAGUGAGGAUGGCAAGCAAAGGGUGAAAAUCCAGGCUGCUUUUCUCUUCUGGGCAGAGAAAACAGAGCAGGAGCAGUAAGGGCUGCCCAGAAAGCCACUCUGCAAUAUGACAUUUGAAGAUUUUGAGAACUACUCUUAUUUCUACGAUCUGUCUGAGGAAGAUGAGUCACCCCAGUCCUCCCUCAGCAUUGCCCAUAUUAUUUCCCUUUUCUUUUACAGUGUGGCAUUUCUGCUGGGAGUGCCAGGUAAUGCCAUUGUCAUCUGGUUUAUGGGCUUUAAGUGGGAUAAAUCUGUUUCCACACUCUGGUUCCUGAAUCUGGCCAUUGCAGAUUUCAUUUUUGUUCUCUUCCUGCCCCUCUAUAUUACAUAUGUGGCAAUGGGCUUCCACUGGCCUUUUGGGAAGUGGCUCUGCAAAAUGAACUCAUUCAUUGCACUGCUUAAUAUGUUUGCCAGUGUUUUCUUCCUGACAUUCAUCAGCCUUGACCGCUACAUCCGCCUUGUCCACCCCGUCUUUUCCUACAAGUACAGGACUGUGAAGAACACCCUCCUUCUGAGUGGGCUCAUUUGGAUGUCAGCUGCAAUUAUUGGCGGCCCUGCCUUAUACUUUAGAGACACAGCUACAGUUCUCAACAAUGUCACCAUUUGCUACAACAACUUCCACGUGCAUGACAGAGAACUUAUUUUGCUGACACAUCACAUUCUCAUUUGGGUGAGGCUUGCAUUCGGUUACCUCUUUCCUUUAGUGACCAUGGUUAUUUGCUACUCACUGCUAAUUGUCAAAGUAAAGAGGAGAACUGUAUUGACUUCUAGCAGGCUUUUCUGGACCAUCACUGCUGUAGUUGUAGCUUUUUUUGUCUGCUGGACACCAUAUCAUAUAUUCAGCAUUGUGGAGCUGUCUGCUCACCAUGAUGAAAACCUGCAUGACUUACUGCAGGAUGGCAUUCCCCUCUCCACUGGCCUUGGUUUCAUCAACAGUUGCCUCAACCCAAUCCUCUACGUUCUGAUUAGCAAAAAGUUCCAAGCCCAAGUGAAGAGCACAGUGUCUGAGGUGCUGAAGCUGGCCCUGUGGGAGGUGAGCCGCUCGGGCACGGUCAGCGAGCAGCUGUGGAGCUCAGACAACGCGCCCGUGCGCUGCUGUGAAACUGCCCAGUGACUGCUCGUGCCAGCAGCCCUCCCCAAAGGGGCUGACAGGACACUUAGUGUCAAGUGUUCUUGACUUCACAUCUGCCAGUCAGAUGUGCAUCUUUGCAUAGACGGUUUUCUGUAAACAGCUGGCUUCAUUGCACUUGCUGCUCUAAUGGAAAGGUUUUUAAGGGACACAUGAUUUGGAUGUGUGCCCUUGCAAUGCACAUACAGCCUGAACUGAAAGUUAUCAGCAUAGAUGGAAUUACUCUAACUGGGCUUUUGCUGAGGGAUGUUGUUGUGAUCCUGUUGGUUUGCUGUGGUUCCAUACCUCAUUGAUAUAAAAAGAACACACAAUAAAAAUAUUCCUCCUUGCCAUUGCUGAUACAACUCUUAAUUGAGGCAUCCUCAUCCAAGAGGCUGUGGCCGUACAUCACUGGGUCAUGAAUCUCCUGAUUGCCUACUACUGCCCCAAGGAGGAAUCCUCUGGCUACAUCCCACCUAAAUGAAGCUAUCAGUGACUUCACUCUGCAGCUGGAGAAGAAUCCCAAGAUGGAGAACACUGAAUUGCUGCCUUCUAUUGUCAAAAAAAAAAAAAAAGGAAAUAAAACCUGUCUUCUCCCAGUGCUCUUUAUCUUAUACUCAAAACUAAGACAGGAGACCCUGUGUUUUGGGGUCGCUUACUGUGUUUUAGCAACAGCUGGGUACAAAAUACUGAGCAGAUGUUUCAUAUAGGUAUUAGGCUCAUUCAAAAUGUGCAAAUAAUUAGUAAAAAUAUUUCUUACAGCUUCUGUGCCACACUUCUUUUGCUAUGUUUAAAAUUUUAGUCCCACAGAGAUUUACAACUAGUGAUUGUUCUUUAUUACUCUUCUAAGCAAAGGUAAAGAAUGAUAUAACAUUUUCUUUGCCUUAAUGUCAAGCUUAAAAAAUGGGUGGAGUGAAUUCAUCAGUAUUCUGUUACAAGUCUGUAGCCAAAUUUGGACUUCUUUUCCAAAUAAGAGGCAAGACAGUUCAUCCAGGAAACAGAGUCCACUCCCAUAAGAAAGAUAAAGUAGUCCCAGUUAUGCUGUAUUCUGUUCCAGCUUGUUGCUUGCUGCAGAAUCACACAUGCACCAAUGCAAAUAUAUAUAUGCUAUGUGGAGUGAACCAAUUUCUGAUGCAAUACCACUUAAUUAAAAAGUUGAAUGUGGCACAAAACUCUACUGAAAGUAAAAGCAUAGAGCUUUGGAUAAAUUUGAACUGGUUUUUGCUAGUUAUUGGCCUAGGCAUUUAGAAUAAACCCACCUUUCAGAUAAUUUAUCUAAUUAUUAUGGCCUUCCAACACAGUAGCAUUUAUGUUAUAAUUGAGGCCUUAUAUGUAAAUAGAUUUGCUUUUGUAUAAAAUAUAUAUAUAUUCAUGAGCACAUCCAAUAUUGGUAGCUGCACAACUAGAAACAGCCUGACUGUGGUCUGUAACUAUUUCUUUGGGCUCUGGUUUCAGAGUCUGAGAGUCAGGCAGGACCAGUGGAAUUUCAGUGUAUUUCCCUUUGGAUUGAAAAGCUGGUAAGCAGCAUUCUUCCUUUGAGUCAUUUGCUGCCUGGGACAUAGUUGCUCAUCAUAAUAUUUUGGCAUCCUGCUGCUGUAUGUGCCUAAAUCAAACAUUUUGCAGUUUUUCUUCACAUGUUCUCUGACAUCUUUCUAAGAAUGAUGUACUCUCCUGGCUGUAGUCCAAGCGAAGUAAUAAAAUUUUCUUGUUUCCAAAGA